AUGUGCUCUGGACUUCUGGUGGUUCUCACCAGGAUCCUGGCCACGGCUGGCACUGACUUUGACCUGCGGACCCUGCGGGCUGUGCGUGUGCUCAGGCCCCUGAAGCUGGUGUCUGGGAUUCCGAGCUUGCAGGUGGUGCUCAAGUCCAUCAUGAAGGCCAUGGUCCCACUCCUGCAGAUCGGGCUGCUUCUCUUCUUUGCCAUCCUCAUGUUCGCCAUCAUCGGCCUCGAGUUCUACAUGGGCAAAUUCCACAAGGCCUGCUUCCCCAACAGCACAGAUCCAGAUCCAGUGGGCGACUUCCCCUGCGGCAAGGAGGCCCCAGCCCGGCUGUGUGAGGGGGACACAGAAUGUCGGGAGUACUGGCCAGGCCCUAACUUCGGCAUCACCAACUUCGACAAUAUCCUGUUCGCCAUCUUGACGGUUUUCCAGUGCAUCACCAUGGAGGGCUGGACCGACAUCCUCUACAAUACGAACGACGCGGCCGGCAACACCUGGAACUGGCUGUACUUCAUCCCUCUCAUCAUCAUCGGCUCUUUCUUCAUGCUCAACCUGGUGCUGGGCGUGCUCUCCGGAGAGUUUGCCAAGGAGCGUGAGAGGGUCGAGAACCGCCGGGCCUUCCUGAAGCUUCGCAGGCAGCAGCAGAUCGAGCGGGAGCUCAAUGGGUACCUGGAGUGGAUCUUCAAGGCCGAGGAAGUCAUGCUGGCCGAGGAGGACAAGAAUGCGGAGGAGAAGUCCCCUCUGGAUGUGCUGAAGAGGGCAGCCGCCAAGAAGAGCCGGAGCGACCUGAUCCACGCCGAGGAGGGUGAGGACCGGUUUGCCGACCUGUGCGCGGUCGGGUCCCCAUUCGCCCGUGCCAGCCUCAAGAGUGGGAAGACGGACGGCUCGUCGUACUUCCGCAGGAAGGAGAAGAUGUUUCGCUUCUUCAUCCGCCGCGUGGUGAAGGCGCAGACUUUCUACUGGGUGGUGCUGUGCGUGGUGGCCUUGAACACCUUCUGUGUGGCCGUGGUCCACUACAACCAGCCCCAGCGACUCACCACGGCCCUGUACUUUGCAGAGUUUGUUUUCCUGGGUCUCUUCCUCACAGAGAUGUCCUUGAAGAUGUAUGGCCUGGGGCCCAGAAGCUACUUCCGGUCCUCAUUCAACUGCUUCGACUUUGGGGUCAUUGUGGGGAGCAUCUUUGAAGUGGUCUGGGCUGCCAUCAAGCCAGGAACCUCCUUCGGGAUCAGCGUCCUGCGGGCCCUCCGGCUGCUGCGAAUCUUCAAAGUCACGAAGUACUGGAGCUCCCUGCGGAACCUGGUGGUGUCUCUGCUCAACUCCAUGAAGUCCAUCGUCAGCCUGCUCUUCUUGCUGUUCCUCUUCAUCGUGGUCUUCGCGCUGCUGGGCAUGCAGCUCUUCGGGGGCCAGUUCAACUUUAACGAUGAAACCCCAACAACAAACUUUGACACCUUCCCCGCAGCCAUUCUCACCGUCUUCCAGAUCCUGACGGGAGAGGACUGGAAUGCAGUGAUGUACCACGGGAUCGAGUCGCAAGGCGGAGUCAGCAAAGGCAUGUUCUCCUCCUUUUACUUCAUUGUCCUGACGCUGUUUGGAAAUUACACUCUGCUGAAUGUCUUCCUGGCCAUUGCUGUGGACAACCUUGCCAAUGCUCAGGAACUGACCAAGGAUGAAGAGGAGAUGGAAGAAGCAGCCAAUCAGAAGCUUGCUCUCCAAAAGGCCAAAGAAGUGGCUGAAGUCAGUCCCAUGUCUGCCGCCAACAUCUCCAUCGCUGCCGCGCCGCAGAACUCGGCCAAGGCGCGCUCGGUGUGGGAGCAGCGGGCCAGCCAGCUGCGGCUGCAGAACCUGAGGGCCAGCUGCGAGGCGCUGUACAGCGAGAUGGACCCCGAGGAGCGGCUGCGCUAUGCCACCACGCGCCACCUGCGGCCCGACAUGAAGACGCACCUGGACCGGCCGCUCGUGGUGGAGCUGGGCCGCGACGGGCCGCGGGUCCCCGCCGGGGGCCAGGCCCGGCCCGAGGGCGCGGAGGCCGUGGAGGGCGCCGACCCGCCGCCGCGCAGGCACCACCGGCACCGCGACAAGGCGGCGGCCCCGGCCCCCGCCCCGGCGGCAGAGCAGGAGCGGGCGGACGCCCCGAAGGCUGACGGCGGGGAGCCCGGGGCCCGGGAGGAGCGGCCGCGGCCGCACCGCAGCCGCAGCAAGGAGGCCCGGAGUGAGCGCGGCCGCGGGCCGGGCCCCGAGGGCGGCCGGCGCCACCACCGGCGGGGCUCCCCAGAGGAGGCGGCCGAGCGCGAGCCCCGGCGCCAUCGCGCGCACCGGCACGCGCCCGACCAGGGCAAGGACGGCGGCACGGCCAAGGGCGAGCGGCGAGCGCGCCACCGCGGCGGACCCCGGGCCGGACCCCGAGAGGCGGGGAGCGGGGAGGAGCCGGCGCGGCGGCACCGGGCCCGGCACAAGGCGCUGCCCUCGCAGGAGGACACGGAGAAGGAGGCGGCGGAGAAGGAGGGUGAGGGCGAGGAGCGUGACAAGGAGAAGGAGCUCCGGAACCACCAGCCCAAGGAGCCACACUGUGACCUGGAGGCCAGUGGACCAGUGGGUGCAGGCCCAGUGCACGCCUUGCCCAGCACUUGUCUGCAGAAGGUAGAGGAACAGCCAGAGGAUGCAGAUAAUCAGCGGAACGUCACACGGAUGGGCAGUCAACCCUCGGACUUGAGUGCCACUGUGCACAUCCCGGUGACACUGACCGGUCCUCCUGGGGAGACCACGGCUGUUCCCAGUGGUAACGUGGACCUGGAAAGCCAAGCCGAGGGGAAGAAGGAGGCGGAGGCUGACGGUGUGGUGCGGAGUGGCCCCCGACCCAUCGUGCCGUACAGCUCCAUGUUCUGUUUAAGCCCCACCAACCUGCUUCGCCGCUUCUGCCACUCCAUCGUGACCAUGCGCUACUUUGAGAUGGUCAUCCUUGUGGUCAUUGCCCUGAGCAGCAUCGCCCUGGCCGCUGAGGACCCAGUGCGGACGGACUCCCCCAGGAACAAUGCUCUCAAGUACAUGGACUACAUCUUCACAGGCGUCUUCACCUUUGAGAUGGUGAUAAAGAUGAUUGAUUUGGGACUUCUGCUGCACCCUGGGGCCUACUUCCGGGACCUGUGGAAUAUUCUGGACUUCAUCGUGGUCAGUGGGGCCCUGGUGGCAUUUGCCUUCUCGAGCUUCGUGGGAGGAUCCAAAGGGAAAGACAUCAACACCAUCAAGUCCCUGAGAGUCUUGCGCGUCCUGCGGCCCCUCAAGACCAUCAAACGGCUGCCCAAGCUCAAGGCCGUGUUCGACUGUGUGGUGAACUCGCUGAAGAACGUCCUCAACAUCCUGGUCGUCUACAUGCUGUUCAUGUUCAUCUUCGCCGUCAUCGCCGUGCAGCUCUUCAAGGGCAAGUUUUUCUACUGCACCGAUGAGUCCAAGGGGCUGGAGAGGGAUUGCAGGGGCCAGUAUCUGGACUACGAGAAGGAGGAGGUGGAGGCCCAGCCGCGGCAGUGGAAGAAAUACGACUUUCACUAUGACAACGUGCUCUGGGCUCUGCUGACGCUGUUCACGGUGUCCACGGGAGAAGGGUGGCCCAUGGUCCUGAAACACUCCGUGGAUGCCACCUAUGAGGAGCAGGGCCCCAGCCCUGGAUACCGCAUGGAGCUGUCCAUCUUCUAUGUGGUCUACUUCGUGGUCUUCCCCUUCUUCUUCGUCAACAUCUUCGUGGCCUUGAUCAUCAUCACCUUUCAGGAGCAGGGGGACAAGGUGAUGUCUGAAUGCAGCCUGGAAAAGAACGAGAGGGCUUGCAUCGACUUCGCCAUCAGCGCCAAGCCCCUGACACGGUACAUGCCCAGGGACAAGCAGUCGUUCCAGUACAAGACCUGGACAUUUGUGGUCUCACCUCCCUUUGAGUACUUCAUCAUGGCCAUGAUCGCUCUCAACACGGUGGUGCUCAUGAUGAAGUUCUAUGAUGCACCAUAUGAGUAUGAGCUGAUGCUGAAAUGCCUGAACAUUGUGUUCACGUCCAUGUUCUCCAUGGAAUGCGUGCUGAAGAUCAUCGCCUUUGGGGUGCUGAACUAUUUCAGAGAUGCCUGGAACGUCUUUGACUUUGUCACUGUGUUGGGAAGUAUAACUGAUAUUUUAGUAACAGAGAUUGCGAACAAUUUCAUCAACCUCAGCUUCCUGCGCCUGUUUCGGGCCGCCCGGCUCAUCAAGCUGCUGCGCCAAGGCUACACCAUCCGCAUUCUGCUGUGGACCUUUGUGCAGUCCUUCAAGGCCCUGCCCUACGUGUGUCUUCUCAUCGCCAUGCUGUUCUUCAUCUACGCCAUCAUCGGCAUGCAGGUUUUUGGAAAUAUUGCGCUGGAUGAUGACAGCAGCAUCAACCGGCACAACAACUUCCGGACGUUUCUGCAGGCCCUGAUGCUGCUGUUCAGGAGUGCCACGGGGGAGGCCUGGCAUGAGAUCAUGCUGUCCUGUCUCAGCAAUCAGGCCUGUGAUGAGCACGCCAAUGCCAGUGAGUGUGGGAGCGACUUUGCCUACUUCUACUUCGUCUCCUUCAUCUUCCUUUGCUCCUUCCUGAUGUUGAACCUCUUUGUGGCCGUGAUCAUGGACAAUUUUGAGUACCUUACACGGGACUCUUCCAUCCUAGGGCCUCACCACCUGGACGAGUUCAUCCGGGUCUGGGCUGAGUACGACCCGGCUGCGUGUGGGCGCAUCAGUUACAAUGACAUGUUUGAGAUGCUGAAACACAUGUCCCCACCCCUGGGGCUGGGGAAGAAAUGCCCUGCUCGAGUUGCAUACAAGCGCCUGGUUCGCAUGAACAUGCCCAUCUCCAACGAGGACAUGACUGUCCACUUCACGUCCACGCUGAUGGCCCUCAUCCGGACCGCACUGGAGAUCAAGCUGGCUCCAGCCGGCACCAAGCAGCACCAGUGUGAUGCCGAGUUGAGGAAGGAGAUCUCCUCUGUGUGGGCCAAUCUGCCCCAGAAGACACUGGAUUUACUGGUGCCACCCCAUAAACCCGAUGAGAUGACUGUGGGAAAAGUGUACGCAGCUCUGAUGAUAUUCGACUUCUACAAGCAGAACAAGACCACCAGAGACCAGAUUCACCAGGCAACAGGAGGCCUGUCCCAGAUGGGCCCUGUGUCCCUCUUCCACCCUCUGAAGGCUACGCUGGAGCAGACACAGCCCGCGGUGCUCCGAGGAGCCCGGGUUUUCCUUCGGCAGAAGAGCACUGCCUCCCUCAGCAACGGCGGGGCCGUACAAACCCAAGAGAGCGGCAUCAAGGAGUCUGUUUCCUGGGGCACUCAGCGGACCCAGGAGGUGCCCAGUGAGGCAAGGACAACCCUGGAGCGUGGCCACUCCACAGAGAUCCCAGUGGUGCAGCCAGGAAAACCGGCCGUCGAUGUCCAGAUGCAGAGCGUGGCCCUGAGAGGUCCUGACGGGGAACCCCAGCCUGGUCUGGAGAGCCAGGGACGAGCAGCCUCCAUGCCCCGCCUGGCUGCAGAGACUCAGCCGGCCCCCAGCGCCAGCCCCAUGAAGCGGUCCAUCUCCACACUGGCGCCCCAGCGCCCUCAUGUGGCUCAUCUCUGCAACGCUGCCCUGGACCGCGCCCCGGCCAGCCAGCCUGUGCCCCACCACCACCACCGCUGCCAUCGCCGCAGGGACAGGAAGCAGAAGUCCCUGGAGAAGGGGCCCAGCCUGUCUGCAGACACAGAUGGUGCACCCAGCAGUGCUGCAGGGCCAGGCCCACCCCCGGGAGAGGGACCCACAGGCUGCCGGAGGGAGCGCAGACAGGAGCGGGGCCGGUCCCAGGAGCGGAGGCAGCCUUCUUCCUCUUCCUCGGAGAAGCAGCGCUUCUACUCCUGUGACCGCUUUGGGGGCCGUGAGCCCUCGCAUCCCAAACCCUCUCUCAGCAGCCACCCCACAUCACCAACAGCUGGGCAGGAGCCAGGGCCCCCGAGACCGGGUGGUAGUUCAAUGAACGGGAGCCCCUUGUUGUCGACAUCCGGUGCUAGCACCCCUGGCCGUGGCGGGCGGAGGCAGCUCCCCCAGACUCCGCUGACCCCCCGUCCCAGUGUCACCUACAAGACGGCCAACUCUUCGCCUGUCCACUUCGCUGGGGCACAGACCAGCCUUCCCACCUUCUCCCCAGGCCGGCUUAGUCGUGGCCUUUCUGAACACAACGCUCUGCUCCAGAGAGACCCCCUCAGCCAGCCCCUGGGCGCUGGCUCUAGGAUCGGCUCUGACCCUUACCUGGGGCAGCGUCUGGACAGUGAGGACACAGCCCGCACCCAGCCUGAGGACACGCUUACCUUCGAGGAGGCUGUGGCCACCAACUCAGGCCGCUCCUCCCGGACUUCCUACGUGUCCUCUCUGACCUCCCAGUCCCACCCACUCCGCCGCGUGCCCAAUGGCUACCACUGCACUCUGGGACUCAGCUCGGGCGGCCGGGCCCGGCACAGCUACCACCACCCCGACCAAGACCACUGGUGCUAGCUGUACCGCCCACGCCACGCACCUGCGCAGCGGCCGCGUUCCGUCGAUGAGUUUUAUCAUCCACGCUGGGCUCCUGGGGACACUCAGGGGCACCGAGGCAGGGGCAGCAGCCCCUGGGAGGAGGGGCCCUGCCUUUGGGGCCAGCUGGGGGGAGGCCCCGCUGCUCCCCCCAUCCCCCCACCCCACCUCCUCUUUCACACUGGACCAAGUCCUAAAGCCCUUUCAGAGAGGGAUGUGGCUCUCUCUGUCCGCUGGUAGGCUGCCUGCCUGGGUCUCGUACCACAGAUCCUACACGGGAAGUGGCCGCAUGUGCUGAGUAGGAUGCUGCCAGUCUGAAUCCUGUGUGAUGGGUCCCAGCAUCUGGGGUGUGUGUCUGGAGCCAUUCUGAGGAGGUCUGGAUCUCGCGGAGGCCAUCCUUUAUCCAAGUCUGUGGUACAGGGGAGCCUGGCACGUUUGAAUGCCUGGCCAGACAAGACAGAGUUGACGGUCCCCAGCAGCAGCCUUGGGAGCCUGGGCCGUGGCUCCAUGCGUUCUUGUCAGUGCCCACAAACACAGACACGUCUGGCGUGGCUCUUUGUACCUGAAACCACAAAUGGACACCAGAAAUACACUCACACACUCUGUCCUCUCCCAGAUGCUGUCAACCCUGACAGGGACCAAAUCUGGAAAGCAUUCUGGCUGUUGGUUUUGGUUUUUAAUCACAACACCCUUCCCUCUUUUGUCAAUUCCAUAUACUUGAUUUAGAAAAAAGAGAAAAACAGAAAACUGGGGAAGGAAAUAGUAAUACUACUUAAAAAAAUCCAACCUGUAGGAAGCUCUCAGCUCUUUGGUGUGUGUGUGUGUGUGUGUGUGUGUGUGUCUUGUGUGAGGAGACGCUCUUGCGUCCAGCCUGGGUGGUCCCCCAGCUCCCCUGGCCCCUGCUGCUCUCGACCAAGUGCCUGACUUCCGAGCCCUCUCGUGCCAGGCUCCUGGGGGCAGUGACGUGAAGCCUGUGUGAAGCGUGGGUGAAUUCUUGGAACUGUUCCCAGUUCCAGAUACCGACCAGGUGCAAGGCUGGUGUCCGUGGAGAACACUCGUAUAACAUCCAGUGGGACGGCUGUAGUUGGAAACGAAGCGACCAUUUCCCCGUUUUCCUCCCACGAGUGAAAGGGCUUCCUGGGAAGCCACACAGCAGCAUAGAGCAUGUCCUCGUGUGGGGUGUUUUCAGUCUGUUGCACAUCUGAAUCUCAGGGACGGGAUGCCUGCCAAAGGGGGCAUGAUGUCUGUUGUCGUGAGUUUCUUUUCAGAGAAGGCCAGAGAGAGGGAGAGGUACCGGGAAGAAGGAGAGGUAGGGACAGGAAGGAGGGUCUGUGUCUGAGCAGAUGCGGCACUUGGGACGCCCUGAAUG